AUGAAACACCUGCUUGCGAUCCAGUCCCACGUAGUCCAUGGCUACGUGGGCAACAAGGCAGCUACCUUCCCUCUCCAGUGCUUGGGCUGGGAGGUGGAUGCUCUCAACACGGUGCAUUUUUCAAACAACACGGGAUACGGCACGGUCAAGGGCACCAAGGCGUCUGCUCAGGAGAUUCUCGACGUCUACGAAGGCCUCAAACUUGCAGGGCUGUCGUAUGAGUUUCUGCUGACCGGCUACGUUCCUGGAGAGGAAGGAGUGGAGGCAGUGGGAAAGGUGGGAGAAGAUCUCAAAACCAACAACCCUUCGUUGAUCUGGCUGCUGGAUCCGGUUCUGGGCGACGCCGGACGAAUGUACGUGUCGGAAAAGACCAUUCCUGUGUAUCAGGAUAUUCUGAAGAGUGGCAAGGUGACGUUGGUGACCCCCAACCAGUUUGAAGCAGAACUGCUCACAGGAAUCAAGAUCACAGACCGAGAAACGCUCAAGCAGGCGCUGACAGCCUUCCAUACUACCUAUAAGACACCUUACGUGGCCAUUUCGUCUCUGUCCUUUUCCGAUAACGACAAUAUCCUCUACUCGGCAGGAUCUACGCUGGACAAAGAUGGAUCGACCUCAACAUACAUUUACGAGUUCAACAAGAUCAACUCAUACUUCACCGGCACUGGCGAUAUCUUUGCAGCUCUGCUUUCCGACAGAUUCUACACCUAUCACACUCUCAAGCCAGUUCCUGACCCACUGUCUGUGGCUGUGGGAGAAGUGCUGGGAGUGGUUCAGCAGAUUCUCAAGAUAACCGAUGAAAGCGCUCGAAAGUCGGGUAUAAAGAGAGGCGAGAUUGGCAACGCCGAGAGCAUGAAGCAGUGUGAGCUGCGAAUCAUCGAGUGCAAGGAUAUUUUCGGUGAUGCCACCGUCCCUUACAAGGCCCAGACCAUUUAA